AAACUGGCACGGAAGUGAGGUAAUUGACUCAGAGGUCAUCCGGUGUCAACACAUGUGCGUCCGCCGCAGCCAUGCUUUUUGAGAUAGAAAACUAAAUUUUUAGCGGGUUCGUAUUUAUUUGUAUGCAUAAAAAUGCCUCGAGCAAUAUCAUCUUCGUCAAGCGAAGAUGAGGAUGAAGAGGGGAGUCCUACAACAGAAUCAUCUCAGACGCAAAAAGAAACCGAGAAGAAGACCCGGAUGUACCAGUGUCCUGCUGACUUUGUGGCUUUCUGCCAUAAGCCCUGCAGCAGCACUCUCACAGAGAGUCUGAAGACCAACAAAGAAGAGUUGUGGCUCAUUAAAGCUCCUGCCAACUUUAACCCAGAAUGCUUCAGCAGUGUCAAGGUGCCUCUCUCGGGUUUCCAGAGCCUGAAGGUUCCCACGGCCGCAGGUGGAGCAAAGACUGGGAGCGGCCAGCAGAUCUACAGCGUCCUGGCGUCCCCCCACAGCACCUCGGAGCUCCGCCUGCUCACCAGCAACAAGCGGUCACCGGGCGACGUGGUUCUCGGUCCGGCCUUUUCGGGCUUGCUGAACGUCUGUGAGAGCUACGGAGACAGCAGCGCUAACCAGGCGCCUCAGGUCAUCCGCGCUGCCCCUCCACCCUCCAUACCCCGGGGGCUGAAGCAGCGGUUCCACCCCUUCGGCAGCAAGACCCCCACGUUGACCUGCGUGGCGGAGAACGAGUUGGACGGGGCCGCCUUGGGGCCCUCGUCUGCAACCCUCCGCCCGCUGGUCGUCAAGCGGUUUGUGGAGGAAACGUGGCACGAGGAAGAAGGGAGGAAAAGGAAGAAGAAGAAGAAGAAGGAAAAGCAAAUUAAGGAGGAAGUAGAGGAGGAGGUGGUGGUGAAAGUAGAACCAGUAGAAGAAAUUCCAGAGGAAGUUAUGAUGGAGCUCCCCUUCCUAGAGGGCAACGCUUCGGAGGAGAGGAGAAAAAAGAAGAAGAAAAAGAAGGACCGGGAGCGAGAAGAAGUGGAGGAGGGCGUGGAGCCCAGCUUGACGUUAAAGGAGGAGGAAGAGGUGACGGUGAAAUGUGAACCGGUGGACCCUUCGUACGGCGACGUUGCAGAGAGCUUGGCAAGGAAGAAGAAAAAGAAGAAGAAAAGCAAGACUGCUGACGACUAGCGGCUUUGUUGUUUAGUUUUGUUUGUUGUCGGCUCCCUGGAAGCCAUUCUACUACGAGUUUACUAAUGCGGGGCUUGCUCUGGCAAGGUCAGUGUAUUCAGAAAAAAGUCUUCUCACUUCUGCAUGGAGAGUGACAGUUAUUCUCCCAGAGAAUGUGCUCUAGCCGCAGCAGUGCAUGAGUCCGGUGAAGAGGUAACUUCUGCCUUCUUUGCCAGUGUGUUGUCAUGUCGAGGUAUAGGUUUGCUGGAAUCCCACUCACACACUGUCUUCGUGUAAUACGGUUCCGCAAACCAGAGAGGAUCUGAGUCAUGUAUUUGAGAACACAUGUUUUAAAAUAAACAAAUAUUUUUUGGAGAUUUUCUGUGCUUUUGAUUUAGCAGUGAAAUGGAAAUGGAACUCCUGAACUCCGGAAUUUAAAUUUUGCAACAAUAAAGAAGUGCCAUAUAUACAGAUUUGUGGUUUUAUAAAGAUUUCAGUUUUUAAAAGGGAGUUGGCAUUCCUGUUGUGUUGACAAACAUGUCGCUUACCAAAAAUAUUUCCUGUAUUGAAAGCAUGGUAUAUUUGGCAAUACACAUUUGUAAAAUGCCUUCCACACUCAGCUGUAGGAAAUGUUUUACAAUCU